CAGCCACACUAAACUGAAAGGACUAUAACCACUGUCACAAUGUGCAAAGGACUAGCUAUGCUGCCGGCCACAUACCUUGAAAGGUACAUAAUUCUUCAUUGUACCAUUUACCUGGAUUAAGAUGGACAGAGUAAAAAUGAAAGAACUUAAGGCUCGCAUUGGGAGCUUUCUCAAGAGCCACGACUGGAGUCUCCCCUGCUUGUCCUUUAAAGGAGGAAAACCCAGACCUACCUUGGAGGAAUGUUUGCAGUGGAAAGAAUCUUUUGAAAAGCUUCUGUCGAGCAAACAUGGAUUGUAUGCCUUCAGGGCCUUCUUGACUUCAGAGUUCAGUGAGGAGAACAUUGCCUUUUACCUCGCCUGUGAAGACUUCAAAAAGACCAAAUUAGUAGCCAAGCUUCCAUCCAAGGCAGAGAGAAUAUACAAUGAGUUCAUUGGGACUGAAGCACCCAGAGAGGUUAAUAUUGACCAUGAGACCCAGGAGAUAACCAAAGCCAACUUGCUUCACCCCAAAACAUCCUGCUUUGACCUGGCGCAGUACCGGAUCUAUAUCCUAAUGGAGAAAGAUUGCUAUCCACGGUUCCUGCGGUCAUCUGUAUACCGAGACCUCAUCAACCAGCUCACACUCAACAAGCAGUGUCCAAUGUGCCAGAAAAAGGCUUGAACCACGCAGGUGACCACAACCACCAUUUCUAAUCAUAAGAGAGAGAGAGAGAGAGAGGUCGGCAGAGUCCAACAGAGAAGAAGUGUGGAACACAAAGAUGGUAGAGGACCACUGUAGGACGUAAGGAUGGUGGUUCUACACGAACGGUUGGAGGUUCGAGGACAGUUCCCGACCAAAGACGGGACAGGUGGAGACAGACUGCCCCUGCAUGCCUGGGGAAGAGGGGCCGAGACAGGAAGUAGCGGUUACGGAGGAGAGUCGAAGACCGCCGCCUCCUAUAUGUGCAGACAGAGUGAAUGUUCAGAAACAGGAAAAGCACUUAUGCAACCCGGAGAAGCUGCUGCUAAGGGGAGCUGACUAAAAAUGGACUCAGAGAGAUGGAGGCUUGAUGCACUCCAUGUACACCAGAGUUCAAAUAUACAUAACUUUGAGGGGGUUUUUUUACUAGAAUUGUAUUUAUUUAUUUAUUUAUUUGUUGAUGUGUUAAAAAGUCACCAAAAAAGCUCAUUGAACGUGAAUUUAAAAUGUCUUUGAAGAUAGGGAAAGAUGUGCAAUACUUUUUUCCAUCUCUCUUUCCAAUGGAAAACGGAAUAAAAUAUUUAAAUUGAAA